AUGGCAGAUACUAGCACCGUCGCAUAUUGCGGCCAGCAACUUAUUGGUGUCUCGAUUGCUAUUGCUUCCAUACAAAUCAUUGUUGUCGGGGCCCGCUUUUACACUAGACACAUGCAGCGAGUAGCAAAUGGAAUCGAUGACUAUUUAAUGAUCCCAGCCUUGAUCGCUGGCUUAGCACAGGCAGCACUCUACAUAUACCUGGCUAAGCGGGGCGGCGUUGGCCAUCACCUCGAAUAUGUAGCACGAACUCCAUCAAAAUUAGUUAUCUUGCAAAAGGGCCUCUACGCAAAUCAAAUUCUCGAUUUCCCUUUCACCAUAGCGCCCGCUAAGAUCUCGAUCCUCCUCUUCUACGUGCGCAUCUUUCCCGUCCGCAAGUUUCGUAUAUUUGCCUAUAUCUUGGGUGCAGUUGUGCUAGGCCAUGGAAUUGGAGUUUUGCUCGCUGCAAUCUUCCAAUGCUCGCCAAUCGCAUACGCAUGGGAUAAAACCAUCGUUGGAGGCUCAUGCUUCAACCAGCAGGCAUUCUUCCGUUUUGUUUCGCCUCCUAAUAUCAUAACCGAUGUUUUGAUCUUGGUGAUGCCGCUGCCAUAUGUCUGGAGACUUCACACUCACAUUGGCCAAAAAGUGGCCUUGACCGGCGUCUUCCUGUUGGGAAGUUUGGGAACUGUCGCAAGUAUUCUUCGCAUGACUAUCUUUUUCCAAGAAAGUGCCUUUGCCGAUCCGACCUGGACUUCUGUCAAGCUUGGGAUUUGGACAAUUCUCGAAAGUGGCAUCAUCAUCAUCGCUGCCUGCCUUCCUUCUGUUUGGCCUUUGAUUUCCAAAAUCCUACGUCGCCAACACACCACUGAUUCGACUUCAAAACAAUUACCUCGUCCAAGGUAUGGCAAUACUCCGCACCAUGUAAAAGUUGGAUCUGGAUUUUCGCAACUUGGUGAUAGCACAGAAGGGGGCAAGUGGCCCCUAAGCCUGAAGGUGUCCCAGGCAGUAGACUCAGAUCGAAAUACUGAUGAGAUAUCCCUGGUGCGGGUUUCCCGAGGUCGUGAAACCUCUUAA